AUGCUACCGUUGUCUCCCUCCAACUCUCGAUUUCGGCAUCUCCAACGUGCUCUGUUUCUCCUGACGCCUCUGGUGGGAGCGGCAACAGGGUUUGGCAUUCCGCCGGAUGCCACCUUCCCAGAAUCCAUGACGAUUCGGGCGUCUGUGGUGACAGAUACCGUGCCAGCCGCCUACUACGACGCGAACUACACAUCAUCAUCACAAGAGGAAGAUGCCUUGUUUCCGCACUAUCGAGGAUUCCAACCCGAUUUAAUGCGAGAACUCGUCCGAAUUGCGGGGAAUCUGGACAGUGUUACCCUCACAUUCGAGCUGGAACAAGCCCCCGCGGGGUCCUACAACCAACAAUUCGCUUACCUGGCAAACGAUUGCGGGGUUGCGACACGAAAAAGUCAAAACCUGGUAGAGGACGAGGAUGCAAUACGUAUCCCAUCCCAAGAAGACUGCAACCGAUUGGACAUGGUAAUUGCCGAUUUCUACACGACACCCCAGCGAUCCAUGCGGGCACAAUUCACUCCACCGAUACUGAAAAGUACCGCCUCCACGGUUCAUUAUAUUCACCGUACGCAACGGGCGAUAUCGACCUUGUCAGAAGCCCAAACCCUUCAACAACCCGUCUGUGUCAUUCAAGGGGCGAGGUACGAAAAAGACGGCGUACCCAUGGACCAAUUCCCCUAUCUACAAUACCUCAAAUGCGCAAGCUAUGAGGAAUGCAUUGACUGGCUCAAACAAGAAAAAUGUGCUCUGUUUCUGGAGGAUGAAUUGGAAUUACGACACACCACCACACAAGAUGCCACACUGGAAGUGAACCCCGAGAAUUUCAAUAAGCAACUCAUUUCGUGGCCCAUGAAUGCUCGACUGGAUCCACUGCAUCAACAACUCAUUAUACGAUGGAUAUACGAGGCCCACCAAGAAGGAAUUGUGGACACGCUGUACCACAAAUAUUUUUCUGUUGAAACUUGUCCGUUGGGACAUGCCGGAGUCAACUGCAAUCAACCCUGCAGUGCCACGCAUGGAAUGGCGGACAGAGAUGGCAAUUGUGUGUGCGAAUCCACACGAUGGACAGGAGAUGACUGCUCCGAAGAAGUACAAGAGGACAAAAACUUGAUCCCCACAGGGCUGCGGGCAACAUGCUAUGCCAUGGCCACAAUCAACUUUUUGCUCAUUGCUAGUUCGGCUUGCUGGUUGUACCAGCACAGAAGAGCUGCUCAAAUCAAGGUGGCACAGCCACUCUUUCUAAGUUUGGUCUUGCUUGGCUGUAUGAUUUCAACGUCAACAAUUUUCACAUUUGUCCAAGAAGAUGAUUCCAGUGCGGGUGUGGAGAAUGUGCCAUUUUGCAUGCUGACUCCUUGGUUGUACUCUGUCGGUUUUUCAAUCACAUUUGGCAGUUUGUUUGCAAAGAUUAGGCGAGUGUACUAUCUUUUCAGGGCGGCUGCCACCAUGACUCGAGCUACUGUCACUGCCAAAGAAACCAUACUGGUUGUUGGAGGAAUAUUGCUGAUUGAUGUGUCAAUCUUGACCGUGUGGACAGUCAUGGAUCCAUGGGAGUGGCAUCGAGAACCUGUGACUGUCGACCAAUAUGGAUACACUCUGAGCAGUGAGGGCUUUUGCAGGGAUAUACCAACCCAGUUUUCCGAGGGAAAAUUCGUCGCUCUGGCAGUGAUUUCGAAUCUGCAAAUAUUUUUGAUCUGUGUCCCAAUCGUCGUACUGAUUGACGGUUCAGAUUCCAAAACGGGGGUAUUUGUCCGGUGUGUGGCCGUUUUUUUGAACGAUUUCGCGGUGAUUGCGCUCGUUAUUGGAAACCUUGUCUACAGCCUGCACUUUGACAGAAGGCGCCGGGAGCGCGGCCCUUCGGGCAAGUCAUUGAUUCGACGAGCCAUGAAAUCAUUUACGAGACGGAGAAAUGAAAGAAUGACGUUGACCGCUCGCGCUCUGACCGGUCUCAACCUGACUGGAUUGAACACGGGGGACUCUGGUUCGCUAACCAGUGGUGCAAUUGUUCCAUCUCCUGCGGGAAGAGAUGUGCCACAACAGGACGACAACACGGCUGAUCCUGACCCGCCACCACCACCACGAGUGAGCAAAGGGUCUAAAUCGGUACGAUUCGACGACGAUCCUCCUUCACCUCCACCGACCCCUCCAGCGUCGACCUCUACGGAGUUUACAGAACCACGGGAAACCCUCCACAGAAACUACAACGCAGACUAUGGGAUACCCGAGCCAAUACCACCGCGUCCUAGGCCGCCGGCGUUCCUUUUGACUGUCCUGGAAGCUGGUGAUCCUCAUAAAAGAAUGUCGUGGAUUGAAGAGUAG